AUGGCCCAAGACCCUCUGACCGAGCUGGAGGCGGCCAUCGAGCGCAUCGUCACCGUGUUCGUCACCUUCGCCGCCAAGGAGGGCAGGAAGGGCACGCUGACAACGGGCGAGUUCAAGGAGCUGGUGCGGCUCCAGCUGCCCAACCUGAUGAAGGACGUGCCCUCUCUGGAGGACAAGAUGAGCGAGCUGGACGUGAACAACGACGAGGAGCUGAGAUUUGGGGAGUACUGGCGGCUGAUCGGGGAGCUGGCCAAGGCCAUGCGGAGGGAGAGAGCGGCCAAGAAGUGA